GCAAAUUAAAGAUAUUGAUGUUGAAAAUGUAGUGCAGUAGGUGGUGUGAUUACAGUAAAACAAGAGAGUGGUGACGACAAGAUUGCUGUGGAAAGUAUGGAUUUACAUGAUGAUGCGAAUAAACUUUGCACUUCUCAUAUUAUAAUCGAGGAUGAUUGCCAAAAUAAUUAUACCCCAGAGCUCAAAGUGGCUGGUAUAGAAGGUUUGUUGGCUGCUAAAUUAGAUAAUGGUGAAGACAUGAUUGCUGUGGAAAGUAUGGAUUUACACGAAGAUGCGAAUGAACUUUGCACUUACUAUAUUUUAAAUGAGAAGGAUCACCCAAAUAGAACGCCAGAACUUGAUGUAAUAGCUAUUGAAAAAGCAGUGUUAAUGGAAAUGCAUAAACACAAAGAAGGUGUUAUACGCUAUUUUGGAAUGAAUAAUGAAGCCGGUAGAAUUAUUUCAAAAAAUGGAAAAUGUUAUAAAUUUUAUAAGAAAGAUAUUGUUGGUUCUUAUAAAUAUUAUAAAUCUCCCCAAAAAGCCAAGUUUGUUGUCGAUGAUUCACAAGCAAAUUGGGCGAAAGAUGUAGAAAUAGUUGGAGACAUUUAUUAA